GUAACAGCAGCAUUCUAUUCUCCAGUACUGCAGAAUCCACGCACUGACAAGGCUCACAUUCUCCAUAAUUUGAGGGGGGGCAUUUCUGCCUGCCUUAACUCUUCCCUGGACUCUGGCACAGAUUGGAUUGAUGCACCCCUGCCCUGGUUUCAUCCUUCAUACCUCCGAGCUGGCUUGUCUACCUCACUCUUGCCUUCGAGCUGGCCUUCCCUCCUCCACUGCUGUAAGUGGAUCGGCCAGACUUCCACCAGAGUGACACAGACAUGGGCUGUCGGCUCUCUGGACAGGGACAGUGGGCUGGCAAUGGGAAUGGGGUCAAAGGGCGUGACCUGUCCCAUCUCAGCCGCCGAGAGGCGUUGCAGUUCCUGGGGGACGGCUAUGAGCAGCCAGUCACUAUGCAGAUUGAGGGGAGGCACCGGCGAGGGAGAAUGCAUCAUCACUCCCAGUACCCAGUGUCUGACUGCGGCACCCAGACGGAGCGGCAAUCCUGGGAGGCUCUGAGGGCCCUAGAGGAGGUGGAGGGGGCUGGGCCUGGCCUCGGUGCCUACGCUUCUGGACCUUACUAUGAUCACAUGACCCUUCCACCAGAACUCUACGCAGCCAAUGGAUACCUCCCCAGUGUUGCCUACAAUCUGGAGGACAUUAACAGGAUAGAGUAUGAUGAUGAUCCAGAGAUGAUGAAUAACCAGCCCAAUAAUAGGAGCUGUCUGAUUGGCUGCUGUAACACUGAUAAUGAUGAGCCUAGCAGCUUCCUGAGCCAGAGUGAAUAUGAGGGCCACUGGCUGGACAGGCCUCUGAAUUACCUACCCCUCCACGAGCUGGACAGUGGCCUGGGCUGCACUGACGGCAGCCUCCACCAGGGGGACCUGUCUGACCCAGAGACAGAGGAGGGGGUAGAGGCCCCUAUGUCCUCCCCUCCAGGAAACACCAGCCGGGGAAGCUCUCCCUCCUCUGAGUCCCUCCUCUCGUCAGAGCUCAGUGACUCUGGCUUCCACAGCGUCAGCACAGGGGAGUUCCGCCACUUCCAGAAGAUUAUAGAUGGGAGGAUCCACAACUACCGGAGCCGCGUAGUGCCCCGGGAGCAGAGAUCAAAGUCUCGCUGGGACCUGGAGUCCAUCCCUGAGACCCUGACCUGUGACCCCCAGGCUGGCAGAGCCCCAGACGGAGCUCACACAGCCAUGACCCACCAGUGCACCAUGGGUAGUAGCUCCAUUCAGUUCCGCAAAGCCAGGAGCCCCCAGCUAAGCAGGCAUGGUACCGGGUCUGCUCCUAGGGUUGCCUCCAGCUGCCGUACAGAACCCUGCCAGAGGAGAGCACUGAUGCUGAACCAGCACUCUUCUGAGGACCUCCCCAGCCGCAGCCACACCGUGCAUGACUUAUCAGACAGGAGACGGGCCAGCCACCCAGCCCUGCCCGCUGGGAACACUGCCACAGGGAAAUACAGACACGUAAACAGACAACCGCCCAGCAGCCCAAACCACCUAGCCGUGCCCACUGAGAACUCUGGCACAGGACAAUACAACAGGGGGUUCAACACAGACAUCAUUGAGAAGAGGAGAAGGCCGCUGAGUGACCAUGUGGAAGGCACCUGGCAAGGAUGUGUGGGUGACCACAGAAGCAGUAUGGCCAGUGAGGAAUAUAACAGUGAGAAACAGGGUCUUUCCAAGAGUCCCUCAAAGAAACAGCCUGGGAAGGAGCCAGCAGACUGGCGUCAGUUUGCGACACUGGGACAUCCUCACAUUGGUGGGAACUGGCCCCAAGCAGACGGCCCCUGUGGUCCCCUCUAUAGCACGCUGGAUGGGCCCUCUGCCCGCUCCAGGAGGGGUCUCUCUGGGAAUCCCCGGGCGGUGAGGAACCAGCUCCUGAAGGCGCGAGCCUCCCGGCUGGCUGACGAACGCAGUGAGGUCACCACGGACGAGGAGGCCCGCGGGGAGGCCUGGGCAGGCCGCUACUGGAGCAGGACGGAGCGCCGGCGCCACCUGGCUUGGGCCCGGGAGCAGAGGCAGAGAAAGCUGAACCGUGGUGCUGAGGGGGCAGGGGAGAAUGGGGCUGCAGGUACAGGGGUUGCUGGGGGCCUUGGGGGUGCAGGUGGUCCUGGAGGAGGCUGCAGCACGGUGCUGGAGCUCAGCCAUAGGAAGCAGAGCCGUCUGAGGAACCAUAAACUGCUGGAUGACUGGACCACAGUGGAGGAGCUGCUGACCCAUGGGACACGGGUGGGGCAGGGGGACAACAUCCUCUGUCGCAGCCCUCUGUUGUCUGUCACUACAGUAUAA